CAGAGCUCAUGAGAAUGCGGGUGACUGAGAGCUAAUGCAAUAUGAGAUGGAGCAAAAGAUAACAAAGAUGCACACUCACUUCUGAUUUCCCUGAGGGGGUAAACACAGACACUGAGGGAAAAGCCUGUUGGAGGAGAGGAAGUGGGAAAAAAUGUCGUUGUCUGCUGGAUCUCAUCUGUGCCGAUUUGCAAGCCCAAAGGCAUCACAGAUCCCAAUUACUCACUUAACAGAGGAUUCAGUCAGUGCAAGGGAACCAGUCUUAGUUACACGAUAAUUUCUCUACGUACUUUCAGAAUACUGUACAAAGAAGAACAAAUUAUGACAUCGACAUCUAAAGGAAUUUUCCGGCCAUUUUUUAUUAUCUUCAUUGUCCUUGGUUGUUUCAUGGCAUUUAUACUAAUUUAUAUCAAACCAACAAAUAGCUGGAUCUCUGGUCCUAUAGAAUCAGCCAGUUCAGUUUUAAAAAUGAAGAGCUUCUUUUCUUCCAAAACUGAUAACCUUAAUGAAACUACUAUUUUGAUCUGGGUUUGGCCAUUUGGUCAGACGUUCGAUCUAACAUCCUGCCAAACAAUGUUCAAUAUCCACGGGUGCCAUCUGACUAUUGACCGCUCACUAUAUAACAGAUCCCAUGCUGUUCUCAUUCAUCACAGGGACAUUAGCUGGGAUCUGACUAAUUUACCUCAGCAAGCCAGGCCACCAUUCCAGAAGUGGAUUUGGAUGAACCUGGAGUCUCCAACUCAUACUCCACAAAAGAGUGGCAUUGAACACCUCUUUAACCUGACCCUGACUUAUCGGCGUGAUUCAGAUAUUCAGGUGCCUUAUGGCUUCAUGAUGGUCGGUACAAGUUCCUUUACGUUUGAAGUGCCAAGUAAAGAAAACUUGGUCUGUUGGGUUGUAAGUAACUGGAACCCUGAGCACGCUCGAGUCAAGUAUUACAAUGAGCUUAGCAAAUACAUUGAAAUCCAUACCUACGGACAAGCCUUUGGAGACUACGUCAAUGAUAAAAACUUGAUUCCAACUAUCUCCACUUGCAAAUUCUACCUUUCCUUUGAAAAUUCAAUCCACAAAGAUUACAUUACUGAGAAACUUUACAAUGCUCUUCUGGCCGGAUCGGUACCAGUUGUAUUGGGCCCUUCCAGAGAAAACUAUGAGAAUUACAUCCCAGCAGACUCUUUCAUACACGUGGAAGAUUUUCUCUCCCCCAGAGAGCUGGCAGAAUAUCUUCUGAUGCUUGACAAAAAUAACAAGAUGUACCUUAGUUAUUUCAACUGGAAGAAGGAUUUCUCAGUGCAUCUUCCUAGGUUCUGGGAAUCACAUGCAUGUCUUGCUUGUGAUCAUGUGAAAAGACACCAGGAAUACAAGUCCAUUGGAAAUUUAGAAAAAUGGUUUUGGAAUUAAUUUGGGGGGGGGGGGGGGGGGGCACUUUUCUGAAGAAGCUGGAAGAAACUUCAGUCCAAGUGGAGAGGAAAGGAAAAGAGAAAAAAAAAAAGAAUUAAAAGAGGACCUUACAUCAUGGUUUACCAGCUAUCUUCUCUUGGCCAACCUAUUUAUAUUUUGUAAGAGAUUUUAAAAGAUCAUCAGCAGCAGUCAUCAAUACUCAGUUUUAAAUUAUAAUGUACAAACUGAUUACAUGCACUGAAGAAUAAUUGUUUACUAUAAUUUUUAAACAAGGUUUUCCACAUUUUCUGUGAAAUAUGUCCCAGUCUUACACUUAAAGUAGUCACUUUUAACACUACUUUUUAAUUUUUAACAUUACAUUUCCUGUUUAAUCUAUUUGGAAAAAAUGAGGACACAACUUUUAAAUGCCAGAGGGAACUUUAAGAACAUAAUUUGCUGUUCCAAUCUGAAAUGUGUGUAUUACUUCAAAAGACAGUAAAGUUUUUUUAUGGUUCAUCUUACAUUUUAAGAGCACAGUAAAGUUCAAUACCUACCAUUAUUCCAGUGUGAUCAAUUGCACCCCUUUUUAAGGGUGAAGAACUUAGAAAUAUAGUUUUUAAAAGGUAUUACAAUAGUAGGCAGUCUUUGUUUCUAAAAAUAAGAUGUUUCCUAACAAAUAGCUCCAUUAAGUUGCUGUAGGAAUAUUUCUGUUCUUACCCUCUGAAGAAUAAAGAAGUCAGAUAUAGAGAAGACGAACAACCUUAGUGACCAAAGCCCAGAGUCAUCCAAUUUUUAAGCGUGUUUAAAUGCAGCAUGUCCUUAAAGUCUCAUUGUGUCUCAAGUGUUGUCGACCUGAACCAGGGCUGUAAGUGGUGUUAUACUGAUACAGAGAUAAACAGAUUUUAACAUAAGCAUUUGAUUACGUCAGCCUCAUGCACUGAAUGCAGCUGGUAAUAAUGAAUUUUUAGAACUAGCUUGUUGAAAAAUUUUAGCAAUUCUCUCAUUUAAUUUCUUGAAUGACUGUGAAUUUGUCCCAAUUCUGUAAAGAUCUGUUGAACUUCAAUUGUAGCUGGGCAAGUUGCUGUUAUGACUCAUGAAUGUGGAAAAAAAAUCACCAAACAGUAUAUUUUCUAAAAGAAAUAUGCUGAAAAUCAUUAAGUAAGUUAUCAGGCUGAUGUAUUCAACCAUUCAACUCAUUAAGCUAAUGAAUUGGGGGUUUUGAAAAUAUUUUAUGUGACAGGUAUAAACAAAUUCACUCUUAAGAGCAGCAGUUCCUAUAAAAAUUUGAAUAUAUAAAUAGGUUCUUAAAUAUUAAAUUUGCUCUGAUAGCAAAUACAAAAAUAUGAUGAUUGUCUUGAUUGUUUAAAAUGUCUGCUUUUAACAUAUGUCAUUUGAUUUUAUUACUUUUUUCUUUUGGCUAAGAAUUAUCUGAUUGCUGUAUAUAUUUGUAUGUACAAGGUUGGUUUAAAGACAUAAAUGUAUGGAUAUGUUUUGGUAUCAAGUGAAAGCAAAUCAGCUUGGUUUUUCAGGUCAAAAUGUUACAAAUCAUACCUUCUACUGAAAAAAAAUCUAACUGGAAAAACUUCAGCUUAUGUGAUAUAGAGGGCCCUGAUCAAGCAAAGUAGUUUAUCAAGUGCUUUAAGAUCAAACUUGCAGACAACAACGUUGCUGAAGUGAGGAAAUAAGGGAUAAACAAUGAUAGACAUUUAGCAAAAGAUAAGGUGAUUUGUCAGUUGUUUUUUUUACCCCAGGCUGGAAUAGAAACACAGAAGUCUGUAAAAGUAAUGUAGUUAAAUUUCUGAAACAGGAAACUCCAUGGAAAUAUUGUAGAAACACUUGUGCUCUCCCUAUGGCUUCAAAAGCUGUAUUCUCAUCUAGAUAUUUAUUUAUACUAUUUAUUGCUGUCUUUAAAAGCUAGUUUGCAAUAUACUGUGAACCUCCUAAACUCACCAGCAUUCCAGUAUGAAACAAGAUGAGCUUACCUUGCAAAUUAAUGCAAUAUAAUGAAACCCAGUCUUCUAAAAACAAAGUGCUGACAUGGAUAUAAUGUGAGUACUAUUUCUAUUAUUUUGAAGGCUAGUGGCUACUGCCUUUUGUUUUCAGGAGAGCUGUGAAAUUCUCAGUCACUGAAUAUGCCACUGCUUUGGCUGGAUAACCUGACUCCCUUGAUGCUGGAAUUUGGAAGUUCUUUGCAUUGAUCUCAGUGGAAGUACAUUCACCCCUUGGUGAAAGUGCACAGUCCCAUAUUUCUUUCCUCAUUUCAGAUAGUGGGAGUUGUGUUGUGCGUUACAAGGCCUUAUGUCAAAUCAGACUGGUUUCUUGGCAUCAAGACUUAGCCAAUAAAUUCUUACGUUAAUAACAAGUAAGCACAAUAACAAGAUAUAUGACUUAUUACUACAAAUACCGAUCAGUGUAUACACAGGAAAGUUUUGAAAUAUAUGCUAAGUUUUAAGCCUGUAAGUAAGGUCGUUACCUCAGUGAGCACUGCAUCCAGCCAGCAUGGCUACUCUUAGGCUGAAUUUUAAGAACUGUGAAAGUCUUUUGAUGGAACUGGAAAGGGAGUUAUUCCCUUUACAGAAAUGCCACACAGGUGUAUACUUUGCAUUCAGUUGUACAAGAAAAGAGAAAUGAAGGAUAAGAAAUCAUACUAAAUCUCACUAUUUUCUCAAAAAAGUUAUUUCAGGCAUUCGGUUUAUUUUAUUUGCCAGCCCACAAUAAUCUUGCAUAUGCACUUGCCACAAGUUAACUCGGCAGUCACUGAAGACAGAGAGUAAUCAUUAUUCUUUCUUUUUCAAUGGCUUCUUCUGGGUGUUUUUAUGUUCUGUCAUGCACUGAGCUAUCAACAUUACUGCAUUUCUCAGUGUGGAAAAUAAGACCCAAAACAGAUAAAAUACUAACUGCACAUGCAUUGCUACCCCACUGAAUGUGAGCAGACGUCAGACAAAACUGGCAGCAGAUCCUUCUAAAGCAGAGUUUUCCUUUCAUUUUGCAGACACUUAAUGACCACAGCAGCUCUUGUCCAGUAUGAGGCAUUCCUUAGUGAAUCCUGGUUGCCAGUUUCUUUGAAUACCUCUUGCCUUCUGAGACAGCUGUACUCAAAAUGAACAAGCAGCCUGAGCGAGGCCUGCAGAAUGCGCGAGACACAUCCAGCAACAUAUUUGUCUUUUAAGACACAGAUCAAAUAAAAUGGAAGUUGGACUGAGAGAGCAUGAAUGUGGGGAUUUGUAGAGUUCAUGCAGGCUCAGGAAAAUAUGAUAAAUUGGCACUACUGAGCAUGGUAAACAGCUACUUACUGUUUCUAGCUACCCGUGUUUGUUUCUCAAAUUGAGCUUUUAAAAAAACCAUAGCAUAUAAUUUUUUCCCAUCUCUAAUUAAGAAAGCUUCAGUUAAAUAACUAAUAACUGUUGCUGAUUAUUCAAGAAUGGGACUCCUGUUGGCCUUGUAUUAUCUCUUUUACUAGACCAAAAAUAACAUCUAGGGGAAGAGUGAAAUCUGUCAGUAAGCUAAUCAAAUUUCUUAUCUGACUUCCAGAAUCCUUCUUUUCUUUUCUCUUUUGAUUUUGAAGUAAACCUUCACGUCUUCAUGCAACAAUACUUUCUGGACUUGAUUCAAUAAAGAUCUUAAGCACGUGGAUAUGAUCAUGAGACUCAAGCACAUGCUUAAAUUCAAGAGCAUCUUAAAUGCUUUAAUGCACUGGGUCUUCAAACAGCAUGUUUUUAUUGCCUUUGGGAAUUGUGCCAGAGAGCACAGUCUAUAAUCAACAGAGCCCAAUUUGUGUGGCCUCUUUUGCAUCAUGUGCGUCCAUCCUGUGCGUAGACUGGCUACUCCACACUGAAAACUAUUUGGACUAAUUCUGGCUUAGUGUCUAUCAAAUAUACCUUGGCCCUACUCUUCUGCUUCUUCAUUCUAUAUGUGCCACCAUCACCUCAUGCCGUCCGCUCAGCAUGGCACUCUGCCUUACAGCCUGCCUGUGCUGUGCAGGAUAAGAGAACCUGUGUGUGGUAUAAAGAGUUGAGAGGAGCUGAGGCUUGUUGAGAUACUGUUUUGAGGACUGUCCUAGGAAGAAAGCAUAAAACUUGGUCAUGUGUGCAUCCUUUUAAUCUGGACUGAGUGUGCCCUAGAGAGGGUCAGUCUCAGCCAUACAUGAAUUUCCUUUUGGAGGGAAACAUUUGGUUUAGUCUAGAUGAGAUGCUGUGAGUGAUCAGCUGUGUGUCCAAAGUGGGAACAAGAGGUAUGCCUGUGCAGGCUAACAAGGAUGUUUCUGACCUAUUUAAACCUAACAGUGAAAGUCAAUCAAAAGUUAAUCAAAUACUCAAGUAUUUCCUUGGUCAAAACUAGUAUUGACUAGUAAUGAGAAGAGAGUCUAAGGAAAGUAUUUGUUUAUCUACCAGCUGGUUGGCUUUUUCAUCAACAUUGACUGACAGUUCUGUUUUGUUUGUUUGUUUUUAAUAUAAGUGAUUUUUAAAUGUUAGAAAUCAAUCAGUAUGAUUCAUACAAGAUAGUUAUUUCAGCUUCAUCUUUCACUCCUUGAUCAGGUAAAUCUUCCACCAGAGUCAGCAGGUAAUUUGGGAGAUUCCCAAGCUAGUAAUAAAGGACUGAGCCAAGGCUGGAAUGGCUGGGCUAAAAACCAACCUUCUUAUUCAUGGAUGUUUCCCUCCUAAUAUUUGAAUCGCUAGUUCUAGUGCUAUAGCCAAUUCUACCUUCAGAGAAUCAGUGUAAAAUUCAUACUGGUUAGCUAUGUUCAUAAAAGAUACUGAAAUGCCAGGAAAUUGAUUAAAUAAACCGUGCAGUAGUAAUUUUAAUUCAUGGCACAAAUGCCACAGAGUGAUACAGAUGAUAAAACCGUAAACUCAUGAGAAAUAAUUAGGCCUAGAGACAUCACCCUGCAGUUUUCGUAUUGGAAAAAGUCACUUCAUCACUCUAUUGGAAAGGUAAUUAAUUGGGAAUCUUUAAUGUUGCCAUAUUCUCUACGCACUUAACUGAAACCAACAGCCUCUGUGCAGUGAAUAGUUCAAAGAUUUGCUCAUGUGGCAGAGAGCCUUUCACCUCCAGAUUAAUAGCCUGAAUUAUGAGUAGGUUGGUACGGAGUGCUGUCUGGCAACCUCUAGUAGAUGACUCAGUGAUCUCAGUCAGGUUUCUUAUUCCUGCUUUCAGCCAAGGAGGCAAAGAACUGACCUGAGACUCUUCUGGCAUCUUCUGUGUGUUUCUCAGCAUGCUCAUGGGGUGGCUUAGGACGCUCUCACUCCUGCAGUCUGUACCAUACCUGUUUAUGAUUACGCAGAAGACUGUGCUGUUCCAAGUAAUGAGUACUGACAUUUUUUUGAGGUAUGGUACCAGUCUGUACAAACGAGAAAGUCAUACAUGGGGGAACCCUUUGUUAAAAUUCCUAAGGAAAUAAUUAGUAGGAAAAUCAUUUAAUCAUUGCAAAUUGGCAGCAAAAGCAAUGGUUUGUUAUUCUCCAUAGGAAUUAGUCCAGUGCAAAACAGGCUCUGAUGAAACUUUAUCCUCCUGACUUGAUACAGCCUGUUUGGGUCCAGAUACAGAAAUAUGCAUGAUAGCAAAAUUUGAAAGAUAUAUGGUAAACCAACACUUACAUAUAUGUGAAGCUGGGAUAAAUUUCUUAUAGAACCUUGAAUCUGUAACUAAACACUUUACCAGUCACCAGAGUUAAAAUGUUCCCAUCAGUCCUUUUCUUUAUAACAUGAUGAGAAAAGCCAGUCUGAUAUACGCUGACUGGCAAAUAAAUUAACUGCAAGAUCUACAUUUUCCUUUGCUGUUUUCUUUUGUAACACACGUGUUAUAAGAGAUGAGAUUAAAAAGUUUGGAAAGUUAACUCCCUUGGUGCAAUUUAAUAUUUUAAAGAUUCAGUGGAUAUACUGAAGAGAAGAAAGUGAGAAGCUUUUCCAUCUAUACAAAAUCCUAAUGUGCCAAACUGUUUCCACGGAAUGAAAAAAACAGUUAAAUACACUGACUUUUUAUUAGGAUUUGCAAAAUGUUCUAUUAACGCACUGUAAUUUUGCACUAUUUUGUAAGAAAAGAGAAAAGGAAAAAGAAAAAAGGAACUGAAAAAGAAAUAGAAAAAAAUCUAAAAAUAGAUGCCAAAUGUAUAGUUUGUAAAAUACUAUUUUUCUUAUAUAAGGUGUCAUCACAUUGUGAAUCUGUGUUAUUGUAAACUGUGAAAAAUGUGAUGUACUGUUGUGACACAGCCUACCAAGGGCCAUUUCUAGCACACAAAUUAGUCACCUGGACUUGUUUAUAUGAAACAUAUUCAUAAAUCUGAGAUCACUUUUAUACUUAUUUUUUGUAGACUAUUUUUCCACAUUUACAACACAACUGUUAUUUUAUACCAAACAUUAAUUUUGCUUUAAAAUAUUGUUUGAAUAGGUGGGUGGGUGUCUUAAAUGUGCCAGAGAUUCAAAACUGUAACAAAGAUAAUUCAGAAACUAUUCUUUGCCAAACUGUAAUGCUACUGAAAUCGAAGAUGUUUUCUUGAACAAGCAGGCACACUGUCAAUAAAUGACAGUUUCUAUUCCAUGAUAAUGAUGAUAAUGUUACAUUUGCUAGGAUAAAUGCCUGGUAGUUAUGAGCUGCAUUUACCCUUCUGUCUUUCUGUAUGUUGGGGAAACAAAACUGGGUGCCAUAGCUGAAUGUCAUAGAUAUUCAGCCACUCACACAAUGUGCCAUAGACUUGACCUCUGAAAUAUAUUGAUGAGAAUUAGGAGAAAAACCCUUAAGCUGCUUGUCCUGAUUCAAACCCACUUUCUGUGGUGGGUCACCUGAAAAUGGGAGAGUUGGCGCACACAGGGCUGGUACGAUCUCAGUAAUGAUAGUAAGUUCUGUAUGUAGAAACAUGGGACCACAUUUACUCUCUUGGUGCGAGAUCAGGACCAAAGUCCCUUUCUUGUGUAUUUCAGCUUACACACAGAGCAUUCGGUGGGAUCUGAUAUGAACUUUUGCUUCAUGUUCUCAGCUACUGAUAUUCCUUGUACUGACAACUUAAUCUUUUAUGUGUUUUAUAUAGUAUAUAUAAUAUGCAUAAAUUCAUGUGUAAGAAAUAGUAACCAUGGAAAAUUGAAUUUUAAUAAAAUUAAUGAAAACCAUUCUUACCUGCAGGCACAUUUUAAGAUGCCAUGUUAAAGGGAGAUCUUGUAAAAAGCUGUAUUUUUUAUUUAUUAGUGAUUGUAUAUUUUGCCCCAUGAUCUAGACAUUUUAUAACAGGGAUUCUACCAAACUGUUUCUUUGUUCCCUUUGAACAAUGUCAUCACCCUGAGAUGCAUCUAAAAAGUGUAGAGGUUCAACAACUGAUGUUUUUCAGUAUUUUUUUAAUUUGAUGUUGUUGUUAAACUUUCUUCUGAUUACCUAUAGCUAUGUUCAGAGUUUUCAACACAAUUUGACUGCUGUCAGAAGAUACAUACUGUAUGAAACUACAGGUAAUUGUAACCAUUUCAAGGACUUUAAUCAUUUAUGUGAAAUUAAUACUUGAGAACUCUGAUUCCAAGACGGUUAUCAAGCAGCUCACUGACUCUUAUUUAUUGAGCACUGGAAUUCUCCCCAAAGGAUAAACACUGAAUUAUGUAAAUAGUGCUCUAUAUAAGCCUAACAAAUUAUUGUAAUAGAUAUAUUUAAAAUAAAAAGAGAACAUUCUAA